AGGAAAUAGAAGAAACUAUAACCUAGUAAUUGUAAUUUACUAGUCUACCUUGCAACUAGGUUAUUACAGUCUCUCCUACUAGCUAGACUAAUAACAACGUCGCGCUAGCGUGGCUCAAGCAUUUCGACGUCCAUACGAAGGCGUCCUCUGCUGGGGCGUAUAGGCUGCUCAUUAUUAACAGUCAUGAGAGCCACUGCUCGAUAGAAUUCCAGGACUACUGCAAGGAGAACAAGAUUAUCACUCUCUGCAUGCCACCACACUCAUCACACAUCCUGCAGCCUCUUGACGUUGUCCCCUACUCGCUGUUAAAGCGCCACUACGGCGACAGGAUCUCGCUCUUGGCACGCAGCUGCAUCCACUAUAUUAAUAAAGAAACCUUCCUCCUAGCCUUUAAAGCAGCUUUUAAGAAGAUGUUUAUAUUAGAGAAUAUUCGCGCAGGGUUUUAAGGCGCUAGACUAGUCCUGCAUGACCCUAAGGUUGUGUUAUUGAAGCUUGAUGUA